AUGGAUCAUCUGGGUGUUCACGAUCGCGAAUACGUGGUAGAGGCAACGGAGGACGUAUUAUAUCCUAGAGAAGGUAAGUACGCGGUAGAGGCAAUGGAGGACGUAUUAUAUCCUAGAGAAGGCAAGUACGUGGUAGAGGCAAUGGAGGACGUAUUACAUCCUAGAGAAGGUAAGUACGUGGUAGAGGCAAUGGAGGACGUAUUACAUCAUAGAGAAGAUGUACUAGCAGUGGACCCUGCUAUAUCGCUGGCUUCACCUACGCCAGAAAAGUUUUUAGGGUUUAGCGCUGUAUCGCUGGCUUCUCCUACGCCAGAAAAGUCUGCGUCGAAGAUCCAGGUACAGCCACAGUCAUCGCCAAGGAUUCCACUGAAAACGUAUAAUCUGAGAACCCGACACGGCAGAAUCAACACAUACGAGAGUCCAACCUCGCAAGACUUUGCGUCUGAUAGCAGCUCCGAUUAUGAGGCCUAUACACGCACCACUGAUGUGACUGGGCACCCUAAGCACGCCGGAGGAAGUGACGCGCGGAUGACACGCUUUAUCAAGCAUACACCGCGAAAGGUGAACAAUAAAAUGAGAUCACACAGUACAGGUAGACGGUCCCAUGCAAGGCACAACCAGUCAGACUCCGCAGACGAGUUAUUCAUAGAGCCUCAACGGUAUCAAUGGUCUCGGAGCAAGAGAAGGAAGUACAAGGAUGAGUCACGUGACAACCUAUCAAUGCCAAAACAGGCAACAGCCCCACCACACAUGGGUGACAGAGGCACACGCACGGGAUGUAUGGCAAUUGACAACAAAGACAACGACAACGGCGACAGAGGACAUUGGCGCACACGCAGCACCACACAGGUGCAAAUGAUUGAACAAGACAGGGACACAGCCAACGCCUUACAACAGACAAUGGGAUCACUCCACAGGGACAGUGGGCACCACAAGGCACGGGACGUCACCGCAGGUGAGGCUCAGAACAACAGCAGCAUAGGUGGUCUUACCAACAGCCGCAGUGAGCGGAUGCAUCAGUUCAUGUCAUUCUAUAUGCACAACGCCAACAAUGCGCUACUGACAGCUGCCACGUCCAAGACGAACCACAGGCCACACUCUGGCACCCCAGGCAAGGCACGCACGAAAACACUCCCAACGGAUGACUCAGCACACAAGCAAGCAGGCAAACGCUCACAGAAAACAACCCGGGCGACACAUCAUCACGAAGGCAGCAGGACACACUACAACACAUGCACGCAAUCAUACAGCAGCGGUGAUCUCUGGCAACCCAAUUCAACAGCCGGCGACUCAGUCGAGUCACUUGCACCUCAGCACAACACACAGCAGCACACCAAACACCCCACAGCAGCACAUGGCCACAGGCACCGAUCCAGAACUGCACAACAGCAGAUCAUACACACAGGCACCAGAAACACACCACACACCAUGCACACAAGCUCACCGAAGAGACUCUCGCACAAACAUCCAACCACAGAGACACAUACAGCGACAGCAGUACACGCGCAGGCAAUGGGCACAGCAGUGGAUGGCCGGCCAUCAGGUGCACUCAGAACAACGGGAGAAUCACCUGAUGUGUCACAGGGGAGUGACAACAGCCACGACGCAGAUGACAACCACGCAACAGUGGACAGCAGGGUUUUAGGGUUUUACACACGCCAAGACUCUGAGCAGAGACACCGGGGGAUGCUACAGGGGAACCAUAUAAUGGGGACCACACCAACAGCACAGGCAGUGGACAAGAAACCAAAGGAAAGUGCGAACUUGGCAUGGGAUUUCGACAAAAUGACGGCACGCGCAGAAAAGCUCAAGCUACAUUUGGCAAAGGUCUGUCGAAGAAGAGAUUUGGAUGGGAACCACAACGAGGGUAGAAGCACACAACCACACAGGCGUAGCACACAACCACACAACCGUAGCACACAGCCACACAACCCUCAACGAACACCGUUGCAAGGCAGCCGGGAAAUGCCGAGACAAUCACAUGCACACACGAGCCACACCAUAACGCACACAUCACAAGCAACGAAUGAGGGCAAUAGCCAUUGCAGGAAAUCCAUCACACGAAACUGCGCAGUCGAUGCAGACUCCCGCAGCACUAUGCAAGGCAGCAAGCGGUUGCCACUCAGCACCUCACACCAACAGCCAGACAAUCACCGGACAUACAAACAGCACUCGCACGUGGCCACAGAUCACCAUGGCAACAGCACAUACGCACCAGCAGUCUCAGGGGCAUAUGGUGCAGCUAUUGGACUGUCAGACGACGAGGGAGUGAUCGAUGUGGACAUAUGCCACAGCCGCAGCCAAUGGCAGCGCAAGGCAGGCCAUGGCAAACAAAGACACACGGCCAUGGCCAGGACAACGGAUCCAUCAGCGAAUACAACAACGACUGCAGCAACAACUGCAGCAACAACUGCAGCAACGAAUGAAGCAAUGGGAACACACCCAGACACCACAACGCACACAGACGCAAUCCAUUGGCAGUGGAUGAAAACCGGCAAUGAGCAUAACGCACCAACGCAACUACAGCAACAGAAGAGGCGAUGGCAAGGCACACGCACACACACGCUUACACCACCACAGGCACAGCUGCGAAACAGCAGCACGCCCGGCACUCUCACACACACAACACACCCCGCAACACUCCCAGCAUCACACCACUACCAAAACAACUACAACAACAAUAACAACAACAACUACCACCACAACAAUAACAACAACUAUCACAACAACAACUACUACUAUAACAACCAUAACUACCACAACAACCACCACAUGGGAAGCAAACUAAAGCAUGGGCGACAUAAGGUGCAGCAGCCACAGAUGUCCGCCAAUGCAAAGUUCCUGACACGACCUUCGCUGCGGUCCAGAAAAGGUCUCUUUCAGCUGAGUGCGCUGCAGGUCUACUGGCAGUGAACAGUACACGCGUGUGUGGGGAUGUAUAUGUCUUGUGUGAGUGUGUAUAUGUCUUAUGUGGGUGUGUGUAUGUCUUAUGUGAGUGUGUAU